UUCCUUGUGCUCCACGCAUAGUUCACCGGAGUGCGGACUAUUUUCAGCCUGUGUUUAUGUUCACUGUGACCAGUUUCUGUGCUAGGACUGCUCAGUAAUCGCUCUCAUCAUGUCGGAUACAUGGAGCAACAUCCAGGCCCACAAGAAGCAGCUGGACUCGCUGCGGGAGAGGCUGCAGCGGAGGCGGAAGGACCCGACGCAGCUAUGCGGGACGGGUACGUGAGGGCCGGGGCGCCAGCGGGGUCUGCAGCCUGCGAUGGUGGGAUCAGCGCUGAUGGUUCCACAGCAAGGAGCGACAGCCCAGCUCCAUCAGCUCCCUCUACUUCUCAGGAGGAGACAGAGAAACCUCCGGACCCCGGACUGGAGAAGAGGCUGCUGGGAUAUCUCUCGGAUUUGAGCCUCUCGCUACCAACAGACUCGCUGGCCAUCACAAAUCAGCUUAACAGUCCUGAAGGUGCUGUCACUCACGGAUGCAUCCAGAGCCUGCUGCUGAAGUUCUCUGCCCAGGAGCUCAUCGAGGUCCGACAGCCUACCUCCAUCUCUUCCUCUUCUACGACUUCCUCUCCCCCCGCCACAGUCGUCAUAGCUGUGGACCACACAAAACUUUGGGCGAUGAUUGGAUCUGUGUCUGGAGCCCAAAGAGCUGGAGUCAAGAGAAAAGCUGAAGACCAGAGCCUUGGCGGAUUCUCGCCCAAACUACAGAGCACUGCGUCUCCUCCGCACUCAUCCUACUCCUCCAUGACGCCAGCUUCCUCCUCGCAGCUGGCGGGAUCUUCUGCGUCAGGGAGCGGAGCUGAGAAGAAGGGCCGCAGCAGUAAGAGCCAGUCGUCUCAUUUGGACAUGGAGAUCGAGAGUCUCCUGAACCAGCAGUCCACCAAGGAGCAGCAAAGCAAGAAGAUGAGUCAGGAGAUUCUGGAGCUCCUUAAUGCCAGCACAGCCAAGGAGCAGUCCAUUGUGGAAAAGUUCAGGUCUCGUGGUAGAGCUCAGGUCCAGGAGUUCUGCGAUCACGGAACAAAGGAGGACUGUGUCCGCUCCGGAGACACGCCCCAGCCAUGCACUAAGCUACAUUUUCGCCGCAUCAUCAACAAACACACAGACGAGAGCCUCGGUGACUGCUCCUUCCUCAACACCUGUUUCCACAUGGACACCUGUAAAUACGUGCACUACGAGAUCGACAGCCCCCCAGAGGCCGAGAGCAGCCUGAUGGGGCCACUGGCGGGGACCCCGGAGAUCGGCCUCCAUGCUGAAGAUGCAGACAGCAACGAGGGCAAACUCUUCCCUUCACAGUGGAUCUGCUGCGAUAUUCGCUUCCUGGACAUGUCCAUCCUGGGGAAAUUUUCUGUGGUGAUGGCCGACCCUCCCUGGGACAUCCACAUGGAGCUGCCGUACGGUACCCUGACUGAUGACGAGAUGAGAAAACUCAGCAUUCCCGCCCUGCAGGAUGAUGGUUUCUUGUUCCUCUGGGUUACUGGAAGGGCAAUGGAGCUGGGCCGGGAGUGUCUCAACCAGUGGGGCUAUGAGCGCGUGGAUGAAAUCAUUUGGGUGAAAACCAACCAGCUGCAGCGAAUCAUUCGCACAGGCAGGACGGGUCACUGGUUGAACCAUGGGAAGGAGCACUGCCUGGUGGGCGUGAAGGGAAGCACACAGGGGUUCAACAGAGGUUUGGACUGCGAUGUCAUUGUGGCUGAAGUCCGUUCCACCAGCCACAAGCCAGAUGAGAUCUACGGCAUGAUAGAGCGGCUGUCGCCCGGCACCAGGAAGAUUGAGCUCUUUGGACGACCUCACAAUGUCCAGCCCAACUGGAUAACUCUGGGAAACCAGCUUGACGGCAUUCAUCUCUUGGAUCCAGAGGUUGUGGCCCGGUUUAAGCAGCGAUAUCCAGACGGAGUCAUCUCCAAGCCCCACACACAAUGAGGAAAUCAGCCGGCAUACCAUUUUGGACGGAUUUUAUACCUGUGAAUGUUUUUUUUUUUAUAAAUAUUUUGGAACAAGAUGCAUCGUCUCUGUUUUGCCUAAGAAAGAAUUAAAUAAUGUGGAGAGAUGACUUUUUGCUACUUGGUAGCAAACUUUCCAUGUAAGCCAAAUAUUUCAUGUUAAUUUGGGGUUUUAAAUAAAAUUGUGAUUUUUUUUUUUUAAAACAAGAUUUGGGUGCUCAAGUUUAAAUUGUGGAUUUUCUUUAAUCCACACAAGAUGAAAAUCAUUCAAAGAGGCCCACAUUAAUACAUACACCCCUGCCAAGAUUUAUGUUCUUUACCAAGUUACACCAAGACCAAACAACUUCUGUAGCCAUUAACUAACCUUUGGCUUAGGUCUGGUUGGGUAUUUAAAAACUGUUUGUGGCAGGAUUUGACCUUUCCUGGGAGUUCAUUUAAAUUUGUUUUAUUUCUUUACACAGACAAGAGUCUUAAGUUGAAUGGUUAAGAAGGCCAUUCCAGAAGCUUAAGCUUGUUUUAUCCAUUCUGAACAUCUAGUUGUUGAUUUUAGGUGAAGUUAAAAAACUUGGGGUAUUCAUUAUUCCAUUCACUUUGUGCAUUGUCCACCUUUGAAAGUCUCACAUUGACUCCGUUAAAUAUUUUGGUUGUAAUUGUGGGCAAACAGUUCAACCUUGUCUUUUUCUGCCUAUAACAUUUCUCCAGACAAACAACUAUGCACACACUCAUUCACCCCUAAGGGCAAUUUCGAGAGACCAAUUAACCUAACGGGCAUGUUCAUGGACUGUGGGAGGAAGCCGGGGUAUCCGGUGAGAACAAGGCAACAAUGCUGCCAACUUUGCCACCGUGCAGCCCUCACCAAUCUUCUUUAAAUGUUGGGUGUCAUUUUAGGUCAGAUAGUUGAGACCUAAGCAGAGCUACGUGAGAUAGCCGGAAAAUAAUCCCGAACACCCAUAAAAACUGGUUUUUGAAUGGAUAAAAGAGGCCAACCUUAAGCUUGUGGAACAGCCCUGACAUCAACCCUGCUGAGGAUUUGUAGACAAGUUUAAUAGCUAUGUUUGUACUUGAAAACCAACCAGUAUAAAUAAACUGCCAUUUCAUAUCAGAA